AUGAGUUGCGCGAGACGGAGACGGCCUCGCAUCAAACUUGGAAAAUUGGACAAGACGCGAAAUUUGACAGCUCCGUUUUCGAGAGAGGAGAGACGCGCAAAAUUGCAGGGUCGAUUGCAGCUUCGCGGCGUAAUGAGAGCGAAGGGGCGAUAAUGAGCUUCGAACGGUCGUCGACGGUUGUUCUCGAUAUCGCGAAAUCGAAGUGUAAAGGUUAAACUCCCCGGCGAGACUUUCACGCGAGAAUGUCUGCCGACCUGCUGCCGGAAUCGGUGAAUUUGUUCCUCGACGACUUCGAGACCAGCCUCUGCCUGCCCAUUCUCGUCGUAAUGGUGCUCUGCACCGCUCAAUUCGUGUUCAAUCACGCCUUCGGUAUCGGAUACACGAUCUACCAGAACGUGAAGAAGCCGCCGACGGAGGAGAAGGAGAAGGAGAAGAAGCAGCCGGACACUGAUAUGAUGGGAAAACUAAAAGGAAUGCUGACCACCCUGGGCAUCGGAAAACCCGGUACGGCGACCACGACGCCUCGAAUUAAAAAUUCACUGCCAAGAUACAAUACUCAACCUCGUGAGGAGGAAUGGGAUUAUUGCGAGGAGAAUGUUGAAUGAAAUAACCGAACUCUGUCUUAUACCAUUAGUACAAUGUAAAAAUGCGUGGCAAAUAAAAGUAGUCUCUUUUCCUCA